CUUAUUUAUAUGUCCAUGUACCUUUUACACUCGCAGUACACCCUAAUCCAAGAUGGCUGAAGCGGUCAAGGUUAUCGUGAGAUGUCGCCCUCUUAACGGGAGAGAGAAGAGUCUCAAAUGCAAGACAUGCGUCAAGAUGGACGGCAAGCGCGGAUACUGCGAGAUCCUCAAACCGAACUCCAAGGAUCCUUCCAAGUCGUUCACGUUUGAUGGGGCGUACUUUGUCGACUCAACGACGGAACAGAUCUACGGUGAUAUAGCCUAUCCGCUGGUCGAUGGUGUGUUGGAAGGCUACAAUGGAACUAUCUUUGCUUAUGGGCAGACUGGAUGUGGAAAGUCAUUCAGUAUGCAGGGCAUCACAGACCCUGCCACACAGAGGGGUAUUAUACCCAGAGCAUUUGAGCACAUCUUUGAGAACAUUCAGGUUGCAGAGGGCUUGAAGUACUUGGUGCGGGCCUCCUAUCUAGAGAUCUACAAUGAAGAGAUUCGUGAUCUUCUGGGAAAGGACGCCAAGGCUCGUCUGGAACUCAAAGAACAUCCAGAUAAGGGUGUCUAUGUCAAAGAACUGACCAUGCAUAUCGUGCACAACAGGCGUGAGUGUGAACAGAUCAUGGAGCUUGGGUGGAAGAACCGUUCCACGGGUGCUACAUUGAUGAAUGCAGACUCGUCGCGUUCACAUUCCAUCUUCACCAUCCAUAUAGAGAUGUGCGAGGUGGACGAUACCGGAGAGGAUCACAUCCGAGCCGGCAAACUCAAUCUGGUAGAUUUGGCCGGUAGCGAGAGGCAGGGCAAAACAGGUGCAACUGGAGACAGACUCAAGGAAGCGACAAAGAUCAACCUGUCGCUCUCUGCCCUGGGAAACGUCAUUUCAGCCCUGGUGGAUGGCAAGUCUAAACACAUCCCCUACCGUGACUCCAAGCUCACACGUCUACUCCAGGACUCCCUCGGUGGUAACACCAAGACCCUCAUGGUCGCCUGCCUCUCGCCCGCCGACAACAACUAUGACGAGACCCUGUCCACGCUCCGGUACGCCAACCGUGCCAAGAACAUCAAGAACAAGCCCAAGAUCAACGAGGAUCCAAAGGACGCCCUCUUGAGGCAGUACCAGGAGGAGAUCAAGACGCUCAAGCAGAUGCUCAUGGGGGAGAUCCCCAUUCCUGCUGGUGGAUUUCCAGGCAUGGAGAUGAUGGGUGAGUUGUGUUUUAAUCUCUGUGUGACGACUAUCCAACCUGUACUGCUUCAAAACUAUCAUUUUCCCCCUCUUCUAAUAUCUAGAUGUCACUCUGUCAGUUUUAUAAUACAGCCACGCGAAGAACACAUUGAUAAUUUUGGUUCAACUCAUUGCAAUUUUGGCAAAAACUGGUGCUUUGGGCGGGGCCCUGUCCAAACCCUUGCCCUGCCCCCUCCCCAGUCGGCAGAGGCUGCCCCCGAAGCCACCCCCUCCCAGGAAAGCACCCCAGAAGACACUAAUAUCAUGAAGGAACAACUUCAAAAGGAUUAUCAAGCCGAGCUUCAGGAGAUGAAGGCCAUGUAUGAGGAGGAACAGGUGUCUAAGGCUAAGCUCCAGCAAGACAUGGACCAGCUCAAGUCUUUGUAUGAUAACAAGCUAGCCCAGGUCUCAGAACAAGGAGGUGAAGCAUCACCAACAGAAGCAGGUCAGAAGGUCAUCACACUAGAGAGAGUACAACCUCCUCAGGACGGGGAAGCUGCUGCUAAACCAGAUGCUUCAGGCAAGCCAGUUGCGCAGGGAGAGCAGGCCCGUGUUGAAGGGGAGCCGGCUGUACCCCCGACCGAGGAUGAGGGUCCCUCUGCACCCCGGUCCUCUCCCAAGAUGCCCCGUAAGGACCAGGGAGGUGGGUUCUUAGAUCAGGAAGAAGCUAUGAAGAGGCUACAAGCCCUUGAGCAUGAGAUGGUCGGAGGAGAGAGAGCUACCGAUGAAGGGCUGAAGGAGAAGAGGAGGAAGAAGUUGAAGCACGCUGAGAUGAGGAAGCUAACCCUCGCUAAGGCCAUCGCUAAGAUGGAUGAUGAUGGCAUCAUGCUAAACAUCUAUAGCAGUAUCGAGGACGAGCUCAAAGCUAAGAAUGAGCUUCUCAAGAAGGAACAAGAAAAGUUGAGGGCAGCAGAUUGUGAAAUCAGUGACUUGAAUGCCGAGUUUGAGUUUGAGCGUAUAGACUACCUGGACACGAUACGCAAGCAGGAGAAGCAGAUUACCAUGCUGCAACAGAUCCUUGAUCGGGUCCAACCGUGUCUGCGAAGAGACUGCAACUAUUACAAUCUGGAUAAGAUAAAAGGAGAAUGCUCUUGGGAUGAGGAAGAGGGCCGCUGGAAGCUCCCCGAUCUGGUCGUCGUGCGAGAGAAACUCCCCACCACCACACACCCGGGGGGCGCCAGCAUGCCAGGAGGCAUCAUGCCCGGAGGUCGCCAACCUUUGACCCAGAGAGGUCAACCCGAAAGGUCAAUGCCAAAUAACAACCGACCUCAGGCCAAUGGGUACCCUAAUGCCAACGGGAUCGGUCCUAGUGCAUAUGACGAACCGGAGGAGGAUCGUUAUCUACAGAAAUUGAACCAGUCCAAUCAUGACUCUGCAAUAGAUUAUUUCAAACCUAAGAGGGCUAACAAGCUACUGAACAACUCUGAUUCUAACAGGACUUUAACCGCAGACCUUCCGAUGCGUGGCCCCUCCCCCAAUUUCCUCACCAACACUGACAUGGCCGCCGCGUCCGUCCACGGCCAGCUGGGCCCGGCUGACGUCCCCAUGAGACGCCCCAUGCGACUAGAGGCCCUCCCCACGGGCAAGCCCAAGAAGGGCAAGAAGAAGCACAACACACUGGAACCGCUUUAAGAAGGCAGACAGGGCGCCGCACUUGCACCCUAGAUGUUCUGGGGCAACUUUGGGGGUUGGUGGGGCAAGUGGACUGAGUGUUUUGCUGAGAGCAGAGAGGAUUUGCGGCUGAAUUAGAUUCAUUUGAAUGAAUUACUAGUACAUGUGCAUGUAGAUUUUAAUGAUAGGAUUAUUUCUAUGUGUAUACUGUAUUUUCCCUUUGCUGUCAACACAAUUGUCUGUUUAAUAGUUGUACCCUGUGCCCACCAUGUAUACACCAUGUGUGCACCAUGAGUGCACCAUCUAUGUCCCCAUUGUGCACCAUGAGUGCACCACAAUUAUGACAACCAUGAAUAUAUCUCAUGUGUAUCAUGUGUGCAUCAUGCAUACGUCAUAUGUGUACCAUUCAUACACCGUGUAUACAUCAUGAGUGUACAAUGCAUACACCAUGACGUUACCCUUUGUGCUCUAAGGUUACAUCACAUAAGCACCACAAGUGCACCAGGUAGUCUAGACCUCAUUUUUGUUUCCGUCAGCCAGUGGAACAUGCUAUGACUUUUAAUUUGUACUAAUUGAGAAAACAAAAACAAAAUUACAGAUACUGAAAAAGCCAUGUGAUUGGUUGUUCGCUGGUUGUAAACUUCUUUACACCAUAAAUUUGAAAAUUGAUUCAACCCCAUUCUCUCAUAGCUGUCUAGAUGCCGUCUACGACAGUCCGACAAACAACGCUUUUUGCAUACCAAUCGAAAGUACUCAUUAAAGGUACACAAAUGUUCACAUUGAUUGUGUAAAGGUAGUUUUCAACCAAAAUUACAGAUAGUUUUCCCUAAGUCACGUAGUUAGUAGUUCAAGUGGGCUGCAAAAUUGCCAACAGAAAUUUGUAGAAGAGUGCAUCUUUGAACGACUACUAAAGCAGUGCACUUUAGCAAGGUGGCAUGACUUGAAUUCAGCCUAAUCCUAGCAAUCGUUGUGUUUUUGUAUUAUAAAUUCUCGUCUAACAGAACUUGAGCGUCUUUCUUUUACUUUUAUCAAGCAGUUGACAAUAGGUA